AUGGUGGGCUACGAGUUCCCGAACGGAUUCAACUUUGAACUGGGGCACGAACGAUUCCAAAUUCCCGAGGCUUUGUUUGAUCCGUCCAUUCUUUUGGAAGCUGGAGGAAAUUCCAUGCUGUCUAUGAGCCACAUUGUGGCUAGUAGUAUCAGUUUAUGUGAUAUAGAUAUUCGACCGAGUAUGCGACUCAAAGUGAACUUUCCCAGUACUGCAGCAGAACGUCGGUAUUCUUCUUGGAUCGGUGGUUCCAUUCUUGGAUCUCUGGUCAGUUUUCUUUGA